AUGACGUGGCUGGGAUAUGCAUUGCUGGUGGUGCUGUCCCUGCCUGCCUGCUACAGCCAAGGAACUGAGUUUGGCGUAUUUCUUGGGGAAGGACCAAGCAGCAUUUGUUACGACAGCUCCACGCCGCCAUAUUUGAAAUCUUUCUCGUUCUGCACGUUCAUCAAAAUCAUCGUCCCGACGGCCAACUCGGAGGUGCUGCGAUACUCGCCGCCAGAGGGCACCGUAUUCACGUUCGGCACCUCCUACUUCGGAGUGUGGGUGAUGAUCCAAAGCAGGCGUCAGGCGCGUGAUGGUUCCAACUUCACCAGCAACGACCUGCACUCUUUUGAAGUGUCGCUACCCACCAAUAAAUGGCGCGGCCUCUGCAUCACCUUCGACAUCCUCAACGGAGAGUCUCGCUGCUUCAUCGACGGCAAAGAAGAAAAAGUGUCUUCAGUAAAAACUCAAAAAAUAAUCGAGACCAAAAUUGAAGAGCGCAAGAAACGAGACGUGCAUGGACUUGGUUUUAAUUAUUUGGCGCAGGGUGAACAUAAUUCAUCAUCUGGAGCACCGAUAGGCCGGGUAAAGCGGCAAGCUAAAAAGCCAAUAUGCGCAGGAUCUGCAGAAUUCGUCGGGGAACUUGCCAGUUUUCAGUUAUGGAACAACGCCCUGCUCGACACCGACGCCAUGCGCAAGUCCAACUGCAACCGAGCAAAGCUUGCCAGCGCUGGAAAUGUUAUGAACAUGAACAGUGAGUGGAGGUUCUACGGAAACUCGACUAAGCGGAGUUAUGAGAGAUCUACUCUCUGCAGUAAUCUCGACACUGCACUGAUCAUCAAGCCAGGCGGCUCGUUUUCCGAAGCAAAUGAAUAUUGUAUCGGCAUUGGUGGCCAUCUGUCGGAGCCAGCAGUGAUAGAUCAGAAGUUACUUUCACUGUCGAUCAGUGUCAACAAUUCCUGUGUAGCUUGGGACAACACAAUCUCAUGGUUAACGCACACUCUAACUGAUCCUAACAUCGAAACAAAGUUCUGCGAAGCCCUGGAUAAAGAAGGAAAAAUUACCUUCAUAACUUGUGUCCGACGACUGACCUGUACUCUUUGCAUCGCACCUACGGAACGCUUCACUCUCUAUGGACACUCCGGAGAAUACUUCGAUUACGUUUACUACCUGCACGCUGGGGAGAAUGGGGACCCUCGAUGGCAAGGAGUUCGUAAGUCAGUAAUAAGUCGAGUUAAUGAUUUGUGGACUUUGAGUUCAAGCGAGCACACAGUCAAACUAUUCGCAAACGCUGCAUCACUGCCAAUCGGACGCACUGUCUGGACUUGGAGCGACAAACUGCCAGGUCAGACAGACGAAAUUCUGCUGGCAUUCACAGUUUGUCGCACAUCAGAGUUCAGUUGUGAUGACGGUCAGUGUAUCCCGAUACAGAAGCGCUGUGACGAUAUUCUAAAUUGCCGGGACUCAUCGGACGAGAAAAGCUGUUCAGUUAUCAAAACUCCUAAGAACUAUGACGCAGUCUACAUUCCACCCUUGAGGACAGGCGAGGCCUCACCAGCAGCUUUGGGAUAUCACGUGGACGUGUACAACCUGGGAAGAGUCACAACAGAUGAAGGAAGGGCGAAGAUUGAUAUGGGACUCACAAUGACAUGGUUUGACCCAAGAAUCGACUUUAGUAAUUUGAAGCCUAUCCAGAAAAACUAUUUCCAGUGCCCGAUAGUUUGGCUUCCGCGGGUGCGAGCCAUAACAGGAUAUGGCGACGGGUCUGUCUUGGAUAUCAACACAUACGAGAAUUUCUGUUACGUUUAUUCCGACGAACAGGACGAAAUUAGGGCCCUGCAAGAUCCACUUAUGGGCUACAUGUCACCUGGAAACAAAUACUCUAUCAAAUAUUACGUCGGGAUGCUGGCCGACCUUCCUUGUGAAUUUGACUUCGUUCGGUACCCAUUUGACGCGCAGACCUGUAACGUUUCGAUCAUGAUCAUGAAUGCUCAGAAUGAAAGGUACUUCAACAAGAGUACCCAGGGCGUCGUUGUGCCUUACCUCAAUCAGAAAGUUAUCUUGCUGGAAUACCUACUGCUGAACAUCACAACCGAAGUGAGCUACAACCUACGGGGCAGUGACAACAACACAUUCUUCGUUAUAACUCUUCACUUCAGACGCCUCUAUGGAUACCACAUCAUGAACAGCUUCUUCCCAAGUCUUCUCAUGGCACUUGUUUCCUACUCUACUUUUUACUUUCAGCUCGAUGACUUCACGAACCGCAUCAUGGUGUCGCUGACCGCUCAGCUGGUGUUGGCAGCCCUGUUUACCUCCACCACCGCCUCAUCUGUCAAAACACCUUAUCUGAAAAUGAUCGACGUGUGGUACGCUUGCAUCAUUGCAUAUUGUUUCCUCAUCGUCAUAGCUCAGGUCAUUGUGGACGCAGUACGUAACAAAGUAGAGUCUGAUCACCAAAACGCUGCAGCGGAAGCGCAAAAAUCAAAACAGGAGUCAACGGUAGUGAAUAUUCCGGCUGCUAAGAAGACCAUAGCACAGCAGUUGACUGUGGAGCUCCGCCUCGACUUCGUGGAAAGGGUGAACAAAGUCCUUAAAGGCUUGAGCUUAGGCCUGCUAGUAUUUUUUGUGUUUGUCUACAGCGUUAUUGCUUCCGGCUAUUACUAGAAACAAGUUCAAAUUACGUAAAGAAGCAGAUGUCUGCUGAACAUUUAGAUUCUUUAACUACGUUUUGCAAGCCACCGACUUCGUACUAGAACGGAAAUGGCGAGAACUUUACGGUUGACGACUUGGACCUCAUCAAGGAUUAAACUUCUUACCCUGCCCCGGAACGUCACAUGGCCGUCAAAUACUUCCAAAAAGCACAAUAGAACACCUACACAACCUGACGCAU